AUGAGUAACGACGAAGCAGAUUUAAAUGGAGUUGAAGGACGACUGUUGGCGUUGGCUGGAUCACCUUCUCAGUAUAUCAAAUUAAAUGUUGGCGGUGCAUUGUACCAAACAACUAUAUCCACUUUAACAAAACAUGAUUCCAUGCUUCGCGCUAUGUUUUCCGGUCGAAUAGAGAUCUUAACUGAUAGUGAUGGUUGGGUAUUAAUUGAUCGCAAUGGAAAGCAUUUUGGAACGAUUUUGAAUUUUUUAAGAGACGGUUAUGUUCCAUUACCGGAAUGUCGUGUUGAAACAGCUGAAAUACUGGCUGAAGCGAAAUAUUAUCUUAUUCAGGACUUAGUACAGCUAUGUCAAAGUUGGCUAAAAGUGAUAACAAAGGAAGACAUUGAACCUGCCGGUAUCUACAAGGUUCCACUUGUUAAUACCAAAAAGGAUUGCGACCGUAUUGUGACUAGUACUACAAAGCCUGUUAUAAAGCUUCUAAUUAAUCGACAUAACAACAAAUAUUCGUAUACUUCUCAAUCGGAUGAUAAUUUAAUGAAGAAUUUAGAACUAUUUGAUCGACUUGUUACACGAUUUAAUGAUCGUGUUCUCUUUGUAAAAGAUAUGGGUGCAGAGAAUGCAGAAGUAUGCCAGUGGACAUUCUUUGGACAAGGCAGAAAAAAAGCCGAAAUAUGUUGUACAUCGAUAGUUUAUGCUACUGAUAGAAAGCAAACAAAAGUCGAAUUCCCAGAAGCUCGAAUCUAUGAAGAAGCAAUGAACGUUUUACUAUUUGAAGAACGACAUGUUUGUAUUCGUUGUGGUGGUGAAGGGGGGAGCUGUUCACCACCACGUGGCCUUUCUACAUCACAGUUGCAACUUCCUCCAUUUAUUUAUUCGUCUCACAGCGCUUCGGUUUCGCCACAGUGUACUUCACCUGCUUUAUUUGGUACUGAUGUGCCAGGAAAUAGCGGGCAGGAUGAUCGACGUCGUGCUUCAAGGCUGGUUGACGGACGCUCAAAUAGUCUUGUUGUAACAGCCAUUAGCGAAGAUGCAACUUGA